AUGGCCCCUCAAUCCUUGGAACGACAUGUGAUGCCUCAAUCCUCUGUUGCUGGCCGUAAUCACGGCCCUGCUGCUGGCCCUGGGCUCUGCCCUGCUGACCUCCUGCUGUUGAAACCUACCUUCAAUCCAAGUUACAUCCAUAAUGAAGAAUCUUCAAAUGUAAUUCCUCAAGAUUGGCAUAUCAAUGGAAAAUGUCCAAAAGGGACAAUUCCUAUCCGAAGAAUUCAAGAGACUCAUAUCCUCAGAUCCUCUUCACUUGCAAGUUUCGGGAAAAAAUAUCCACCAAACUUUCAUGAUCUAAAUGUUCCUCCAUCAGCUGGCGGAGAACAUGAGCAUUCUUUAGCUAUUCUACGUGGAGGUCCAUUCUAUGGAACUAGAUGUGACAUAAACGCAUGGAAUCCUAGAGUUGAACCUGGUGAUUUUAGCCUUGCUCAGAUUUGGGUCACAUCAGAUAAUUAUAAUCGAAAUACUGUCGAAGCAGGAUUGAUGGUCAAUCCCCAACUUUAUGGAGACAAUGCCACUCGGCUCUUCACAUAUUGGACGGAUAAUCACAAUGACGGCAACUGGUGGCUAACAAUAAAUGGCCAUACGGUAGGAUACUGGCCCAACACACUUCUCAAAGAAUUACAAGGUGGUUCAAAGGUUAUCGCAUGGGGAGGUGAAGUAUAUAACUCUCACCAUGGCAAUGGGAGCUCCACUACUCAAAUGGGAAGUGGUCAUUUUGCAGGUGAAGGAGAUAAAAAAGCUGCAUUUUUCAGAAAUCUUGUUACUUUGGAUGAUAAUGGAAAUGCUAUUGAAGUUACUAGACCGAUGACUAUAGUUAAGAAUCCAAAGUGCUAUGAUUUUCAGUUUGGUGGGCGAAUGGAGUUUUAUUAUGGAGGCAAGAAGAACAACCAUGAGAGGGUGGGGACCAUUUCCCUCGUAGUACCUCUGAUGGUCAUGUCAGCUGGUAAUCUUGAAGGGGGGUUUAAAGGGAAAGGUCUAAAGAGCUUUGAACUUGGGCGUUCUAGUGUGCUCUUUGAGUAUUAUUAA